UUUGUAAAUUACAGAGUGGAUCGGUGUGGGACCAAGUCAAGGCAUGACCAUCACUAUCUUUGAGGAGAGCCUUCUGAAGGAUGAACCAGGCCAUGCCUCUUUCUCUUCCGUUUUGAACAAAACCAGCAAAAAAGCUUCCCAAAUCACAAGCUUUUUGGUGGGGCAGUCGUUUAUGACAGUAUGAGCCCCUCCGUCUUCCUUCUAUGGCUUGUCACUAUUCCUGUCCUAGCCUACUCCGCCCAUUCUUCUGUCCCACCUCUCGGGUAUUAUUUAGACUGCGGGGGCUCGAAGGAGGUAACGGUAGACGGUCUGAAAUAUGUUCCUGAUGGAAGCUACAUCAAGGUGGGAAACACCAGCCCCAUCAACAAGCCUGGUUUGUUGCCCACACUGUCCACGCUGCGUUACUUUCCCGACGCGUCGGCUGGAAAAUAUUGCUAUUCGCUACCGGUGAUCAAAGGAAGCAAAUAUCUGGUGAAGACCAUGUACUACUACGGAGGAUUCGAUGGAGGGACGCAGCCUCCAGUUUUCGAUCAAAUCGUUGAAGGGACAAGAUGGGGCGUUGUGAACACCACUGAGGACUACGCCAAAGGUCUUAGCUCCUAUUUUGACAUCACGGUGGUGCCAUCGGGGAAGACCUUGAGCGUCUGCUUGGCCAGGAACUCAUACACCGGUAGCUCAAGCCCCUUCAUUUCGGCCCUGGAGGUCAGGAUCUUGGAACCCUCUUUGUAUAACCCCACUGACUUCUCCAAGCAUGCCCUUGUAACCGUUGCCAGAAGUGCCUUUGGAGGUCAAGAUAUCAUUGGUUUUCCAGAUGACAAAUUCAACCGGAUGUGGCAACCACACAAGGACCAGAAUCCUGUUGUGGAAAGCCAAUCAAAUGUAACUUCUUCAGACUUCUGGAACCUCCCUCCAGUUAAAGUAUUCAACACAGGAGUUACCACUAGUCGAGGGAAGACUCUUGAGAUUCAGUGGCCCUCUAUGCCCCUUCCAAGCACCUACUACUACAUUUGCCUCUAUUUCCAAGACAACAGACAACCAAGCCCUUACAGCUGGAGGGCUUUUGACGUUUUCAUUAAUGGCCACCUCUUCUUUUCCAACCUUAAUGUCACAUCUAAGGGUGUCAGUGUUUAUGCUGCACAAUGGCCACUUUUUGGGCAGACCAAAAUUUCAUUGACCCCUGCUGUAGGAGUACCAGUUGGACCUGUCCUCAAUGCUGGAGAAAUUUAUCAGAUUCUACCGCUUGGUGGUCGAACUCACACUAGAGAUAUAAUUGCAAUGGAGGAUUUCGCAAGAAGCAUUCAUAAUCCACCUCCUGAUUGGAACGGUGAUCCUUGCCUUCCUAAGGGAAAUUCGUGGACUGGGGUUACAUGCUCUAACGGUUUUCAUGCACGAGUCUUGACACUGAACUUGACAAAUGCCGGGCUUUCUGGGAUACUUCCUCCAACCCUUGACAAUCUAAGUGCACUAGCUCAUCUGUGGCUUGGGGGAAACAAAUUCUCAGGCGUCAUCCCAGAUUUGAGUGGACUGAAGGAUUUAGAAACUUUGCAUUUGGAGAAGAACAACUUUGAAGGAGCACUUCCUCCAUCAAUAAUUAAACUCCCAAGAUUGCGUGAAAUUCAUUCUGAUUUUUAGGGGGAAGUUAGCAAACCGUUAUACUGAAGAGAAGUGAAGUGAAAGUUCAAGUAAGUGCAACACUGUACCCUUUUAGCUAUGCUGAUUAUAACUAACCGAACUAAUUGAGUUCCUCUGAAGCUCAAGGUCGCUCAAGAGAUUUACCAGUGAAAAUUGAAUGAGCAAAAGCCAUCGCAAAUUCGACUAUAAUAUAAUCGCUGUAUCUGAUCGAUGGGGGCGUUGAAUCAUGAUUGCAUGCAUUUGCUGCAAAUAUUAUCUGUAACUAUACCUAAAAAGUAUAUAUAUGAUGGGAUAUGAUUCAAAGAAUCUAUUUCUUGUUUAGCAACAUUCAUGAGUCUUACG